AUGUCUUCUCCCACAAAACCAGACACAUUCAAAGGCUGGGUCGCCCACGACGCCAAAAGCCCCCUAACUUACACAACCUACACCCCCAAACCCUUCACACCCACCGACGUUGAAAUCUCCAUCUCCCACUGUGGCAUGUGCGGCACCGACAUUCACACCCUACGCUCAGGCUGGGGCCCCACCGACUAUCCAUGUGUAGUCGGACACGAGAUAAUCGGCACAGUAACACGCAUCGGCAGCGCCGUCGAAUCCCAGCACAGCCUCAACGCAAUCCGCCUCGGCGACCGCGUCGGCGUCGGGGCACAGAGCGGCGCCUGUCUACGCGCAGACUGUGAAGCCUGCGCCGACGGCGAAGAAAGCUACUGCGCCCGUAUGACUGGCACGUACAACGGACGGUACAGCGACAAAUCCAAGUCGUAUGGCGGGUUUGCGGAGACGUGGCGCGGGCCUGCGCAUUUCGUAUUCCGGAUUCCGGAUUCGCUGCCCUCGGCUGAGGCGGCGCCGUUGCUUUGUGCGGGUGUUACUGUAUUUGCGCCGAUGAGGAAGUAUGGCGUUGGGCCGGGGAAGACGGUGGGGAUUAUUGGGGUGGGGGGAAUUUUGUUUGCUAGGGCGCUUGGGGCUGAGCGCGUUAUUGCUAUUUCUCGUUCGUCGGGAAAGAAGGCGGAUGCUGUUGGUGGGCUUGGGGCUGAUGGGUUUAUUGCGACUGGUGAAGAGAAGGGGUGGGCGAAGAAAUACUCGCGCUCGCUUGAUGUUAUAUUGUGUACGGUUUCGGCGCAUGAUAUGCCUUUCGCGCAGUAUUUGAGGCUGCUUAAGCGGGAUGGGACGUUUGUGCAGAUUGGUGCGCCGGAGGAUGCAUUGCCGCCGCUUAUGGCUUGGAGUCUGAUUCAGAAGAGUGUCAAGGUUACAGGGUCAAAUAUUGGUUCCCCUGAUGAUAUUCGGGCUAUGCUGGCUCUCGCUGCGGAGAAAAGGGUCUUGCCUUGGAUUCAGAAAAGGGAUAUGGCAGAUAUCAAUCAGGCGCUGGUUGAUAUGCAUGAAGGGAAGGCUAGAUAUCGCUAUGUGCUACAGAAUGGGGGUGAGCAGGCGAAGUUGUAG